CGCUGAUCUCAUCAAGUCUGAUCACUCCCAUCUCAUCACCCGCGGGUUACCUUAGCCCUUCUUUCAUCCCUUCCGUUUAUAAUAAAAAUUAAAAAUAUUUGAAAAACAAAAACCAUCGACGCACCAAAACUCAACAACUGUAACCUCCCUCCUUUUUCUUCAUCUUCAUCAACGCAUGUUCCCGGUGCUCCGGCUCCCUUCACGGAGCCCAAGCUAAUCACCCACCCGAAUCUCUAUCCCUCUCUGAACUCACCAGUUUUUCAUUAUUCUAAAAAUCGGUUCAUUUUCCAUUUCCCCUUUGCGGAUCUUUUUUUUAUUUUUUUGAAAAAAAACCAUGUCAAAACAGAGGAGCAAAAUCGGCGCAUGGGCAGCCGAUGCGGAGCAAGCCGAGGAAGAGGAGCGUGCAGCCGCUGCAGCUGCCGUUUCUCAAAGUUCCCCUAAUCUGAAAGAAGUUGCCGGAACCGCUAAGACUAAAAAGAAGAAAAUGUCUCUAAAUGAAUUCCACUCCACGCCCAUCGGCGGCGGUGUUGAAUCCAGAGGAUUGACUCCGAACGUGAUGUUCGGCCUCCCUACCGGUCCAAAAGAGCGUUCCGAUGAAGAAAUGCAGUAUGGACGCCUCGGCGGUGGAUUUUCCAAUUAUGGUCGAACUGGGCCGCAGCCUGGACAUAUGCGUGAUCGUGAAGACAGCGAUGGAUCUUGGGGAGGUGGUGGUGGUAGAAGGCAAUUUGGUGGCGGUUUUGAUGAUGAACGAAGAGGUCCAUCUUCUUCUAGGGUUUCUGAUUACGAUCAGCCUUCGCGUGCUGAUGAGGUUGAUAAUUGGGCAAUGGAUAAGAAACCACUGCCUUCCUAUGAUUCUGGACGACAAAGCCGUUACGGUUCACUCGGCGGCGGCGGAGGAGGCGGCGGAGGUUUUGGAGGUGGUUCUAGAGCUGAUGAAGUUGAUAAUUGGGCGGUUGGUAAAAAGCCGUUGCCUACUCCAUCUUCGACUUUUGGUUCGGGUUUUCGUGAUUCUGGGCCGGAUCCUGAUCGCCAGAGCAGAGGAGGAUACCGUGAGCCGGAGAGGGAGAGGCCUAGAUUGGUUUUCGAUUCACCAAGAGGUGAAGUUGGAGUUAACGAGCCUGUGAAAUUAGACAGGCCAAAUCCAUUUGGAACAGCGAGGCCGAGAGAAGAUGUAUUGGCAGAGAAAGGAUUGGAUUGGAAGAAGCGGGAAAUGGAAAUAGAAGCUAAGAAGACUAUGAGCUUACAAUCUAGCAGGCCAACUAGUGCGCAUUCUAGCAGACCUUCUAGUGGGCAAUCGAGUAGGUCUGAAGGGCCAGGGCUGCAGCAACAAGGAUUUGAGAAUGUGGCUGUGAAGCCAAGGCCGAAAGUGAAUCCUUUUGGAGAGGCAAAGCCCAGGGAGCUUUUGUUGCAGGAAAGAGGUCAGGAUUGGAGAAAGAUUGACCGUGAGUUGGAGCAUCGUGGUGUAGAUAGGCCUGAAACUGAAGAGGAAAAAUUAUUGAAAGAAGAAAUAGAGCAUUUGAAGAAGGGGCUUGAGAAAGAACUCACAACAAAAGGGAACCAGGAACCUCCACGAGGUUCUGCUGACGACAUACCCAGCUUAAGGGAGAUGAUAUCUGAGAAAGAAAGGGAAUUAGAAAUGUUGGUCCGUGAUUUGGAUGACAAAGUUCGAUUUGGAUCGAAAGCCAAUGAAAGGCCAGGUUCUGGGGCAGGCAGGGCUUCUGGGUUUUCGGAGAGACCUCCUUCUAGAUCUGGGUUAUUUGACGAGUCUAGAAAUAUGGAGUUAAUGGAUAGGCCUCGAUCUCGUGGCAAGCCAGAUAUUUGGACAAGGCCUGUUGAUGACCGAAGAGCAUUUCAAGGUGGAAGGGAAAGAGGAUUUCUUGGUAGCGGAGAUUUUGACAGUUCAUGCUUUAUAGGUGCUCCACCACCACUUGGAUAACGAGUGACAGAGACAGGGUUGCCUUAACAGAAUGAAGAGAACUUCCUCCGGUUCAUUAUUGAUGACUGCUGAGGUGCUACUGCACAUGUCGGAUUCAUCUGAAUAGCAAAUGUGUUGUUGCAAUUUGGGGUUAUAGUGGGUCACACCGAGAGUGUGUACGUACUAUCUAUCGACCAUUGACCCUUGGUAUGCCGGAUUCAGGUUGGAUUUUGCAUCGGAAUAUUCCUGGUAGUGGCUCUUCAUGAGACUGCAUUAAGUUGGAGUUGUUCACAUUCUAUGUUGGUAAAAUAGAAGGUUGAUUUUGUGGAGAAUUUGACAUUUACGCCCAUAAUAGAACCCGCCCAGAUGACCGUCAAUUCCAAUCUAACAUGUUUCCCACUCAUUUUGAAGUUCACAAUAUUAAAUUUUGAAGUCUUGGUAUAGCGCGGUUAUUUUUUUAAAAGUAAGAGCAAUUUUUAUUUUAUAAAGUAUAAUUAAUAAAUAUAUUUUAUUUAUUUUUAAAAUAUUUUGUUAAAUGAAGACUUUUGGUGACUGUUCAAGUGACUUUUAGAUCAGCUGUGUGUCCAUUCGUGAUCUAGAGCAAAAUGCCUCAAUAUCAUGCAAUGUACAUUUCUUCAUUCCCAACUUUGCAUUUGUGAUCAUGAUCAUGAUCAUGAUCAUUCCUAUCACUUUUCUUCCCUCCUAAAACUUCAGAUUUUCUUUGACGUUUCCACAUCAAUUUUUGAAUGUCCACAUUGCCACGAAAUGGAUCAAAAUGGGGUUGUUUUUACUUCAUGCAGAUGGGAGCAAGUGCGUAGCUAAAUGGAUACCAAAAGUUCAGAAGCAUCAAGGUUGAAUUGGAGUAGAUGCAAGUGUGCUAUUUCCAGCUUGAUGAUUAAGUGUUAAAAUAAAAGGUAUUUAUAGAAUAAAAAUUUUUAAUGGUUAGAAUAAUAAAUUGAUUAAGUGUUCUUUUUAAA